AGUUACAUCAAAUAAAAGGUCAACUAAAUCAUACAUAAAUGAGGAUUAAGAAAGAUAAUGGAAUAAGUACUUUUUGAAGAUUGAAGCAAAACUAUUAAGCUGUGAUGACUUAAUAUAAUAAGAGAGUAUCGACACAUAAAUAUAGAUGUAAAAUCUGCAAAACACACUUUGAUUGAUGCAAUGACAUUGAAAUUGACAGAUUUUGGAUUAUUUAGAGUGAUUCCAUUCAAUAUGCGAAUUUACAAUAGAAAUUGAAACUCCUCUGAAUAAUGACAAGAAGUGGAUUCAUAGUUGUUGUUUGUAAAUUGGCAGAAUUCUUAAAAGGUAGACAAUUAUUUAUGGAGGGAGAGGUAUAUUAUACAAGUACGAUUUAUGAUUUUUUCUGGUUUUUAAAAGUUGCCUUAUUUCCAGUUGUCAUUUCAAAAUUGAAAUGCAAAGAUGAUACCUAGAUUAAACAUGAAUUGGAUGAUCAUGGUCCUUGUAUAAAUGAAUGAUGUAAUUAAUUAAGUUAAA